AUGGCGAUUGUGCUGGAUGCGUUUGCUUCCUACCUCGUGGACAUGCUCGCGCAGGUAGCAGCUGAUGAAGUGGGGACUAUGCUGGGCGUCUCCGGUGAGAUUGACAAGAUGGGCGACAGGCUCCGAGACCUCAAGAACAUCCUCGCUCACGCCGAUAGGAGGAACAUCACUGACGAGACUGUCCGAGAGUGGGUGGGGCAUCUCAAGCGUGCCAUGUACGAAGCUACUGACAUCCUCGACCUGUGCCAGCUUAAGGCCAUGGAGCAUGGAUCAUCCAGUACCAUAGAUGCGGGAUGUCUUAAUCCCUUGCUCUUUUGCAUGCGGAACCCCUUCCAUGCUCAUGAGAUCGGCACCCGCAUCAAGAAGCUCAACCAGAGGCUUGACGACAUCAACACACGGAGUUUUGCUUUCAACUUCAUCAAUAUUUUGUCUUAUGAGGAUCAUAGCAGCAAUGCCCACGCCUCUCGCCAUGGUAAUCCAAGUCGGGAGACGGCAGGGGACUUUGACCGGUCGGCUGUAGUUGGGAACAAGAUCGAAGAAGACACAAGAUCAUUGGUGGCCCAGAUCAUGCAGAAUGGAAAGGAGGUCAAUGAUGACAUCAUGGUGAUUGCCAUCGUAGGUGUUGGUGGCAUUGGCAAGACCACCCUUGCCCAGAAGGUCUUCAAUGACGAGGCCAUCCAAGGUGGGUUCAGUAAAAAGAUAUGGUUGAGCGUCAAUCAAAAUUUCAGUGAGGUUGAGCUGCUGAGAAGAGCCAUCAUCGGUGCCGAUGGAAAUGCCCAGCUGGCUGGAAAUGCAAAGGACGCUCUUCACCGUGCCCUAAUGCAUGCCUUGAAGGACCACAAGACAUUGCUGGUAAUGGAUGAUGUGUGGAACAAUGGAGCCUGGGAGUGUGUGCUCAAAAUACCCUUAGUCAAUGUCGUCGCUUCAGGUAGCUGGGUCCUCAUCACCACUAGAGAUGAAUGCGUUGCCCGAGGGAUGACAGCAACAUGGCCCUACCACUACGUCGACACGUUAGCGCCUGAGGACGCCUGGUCAUUGCUCAAGAAGCAGGUAAUCUCAAGCGAGAUAAAUGAAGGCCACAUCAACAAGCUAAAAGAUAUUGGAUUGAAAAUUAUACAAAAAUGUGGUGGUUUACCACUUGCGGUCAAAGUAAUGGGAGGACUCUUGCGUAAAAGGGAGGUGCUACGUCGUGACUGGGAGCAGGUUUUUAAUGAUUCUAAAUGGUCAAGAACUAAAAUGCCCCAAGAGCUCAACCAUGCAGUAUACUUGAGCUAUGAAGAUAUGCCUACUUAUCUGAAGCAGUGCUUUCUAUACUACUCUAUUCUUCCUAAAAAUAAAAAGUUUAAUGUGCAUCAAGUUGUUGCCAUGUGGAUUAGCGAAGGAUUUGUUCAUGGAAACUCUAAUGAUUUAGAAGAAUUGGGAGGAAAUUACUACAAGGAGUUGAUAUCUAGGAACCUUACAAAGCCAGAUAAAUUUGAUGUUAAUCAAUCAUGUUGCAAUAUGCAUGAUAUUGUUCGCUCAUUUGCUCAAUAUAUGACUAAAGAUGAAGCACUCGUAGCUCAAGACGGAGACAAUGUUAAUCUUAUUAAACUUCAUUCAGAAAAGUUUCUUCGGUUGUCUAUAGCAACCGAUCAACUACAAUCAGGUGAACUUGACUGGACAUCUUUACAGAAGUACCAAUCAGUGAGAACACUAAUCUCAACUAUUCAGAUCAAGAUAAAGCCCGGUGAUUCAUUGCUUGCUUUUUCUGGUUUGCGGACUCUACAUAUAGAAUUUGCAGAUGUGGCUGCAUUGGUUGAAUCACUGCAUCAACUCAAGCACCUGAGAUAUUUGGCACUACUUGAUACUGAUAUAUCUGUACUUCCAGGGAACAUUGGCAAGAUGAAAUUAUUGCAAUUCCUUAACCUUGGUGGAUGUGAAAAUUUGAUCAAUCUUCCUCAUAGCAUUGUGAAGCUUGGCCUGAGGUUACUCAAUCUUCCGCACGUGAGUAUGAUACCUAGAGGGUUCUGUGAGCUCACAAGUAUGAGGAGAUUAGAUGGGUUUCGAGCCCACAUGGAUGGUGAUUGGUGCAGUUUGAAUGAGUUGGGGCCUCUUUCCCAACUGAGAUUUCUUGGAUUAAUUCAAUUGGAAAAUGUAUCCACUGCCUCGUUUGCUGCCAAUGCUAGGCUUAGUGAGAAGAUGCAUCUUAUUGACCUUGUUUUGGUCUGCACCAGUAGACUAGGAGAUGAUGGAUUGGUCAAAGGGAAAGAAGGUGUUUCUGAGGAAGAGAAGCGACGAAUCAAGAAUGUGUUUGAUGAGCUCCGCCCUCCACCAAGUGUAGAAAAUCUUGUUGUCGAUGGGUAUUUUGGCCUGCAACUCCUGAGUUGGAUGAUGUCCACAUCGAUGGUGCCCCUCACCAACUUGAAGAAUCUAAUGUUUGAUGGCCUGGCUUGUUGCACCCAACUUCCCAAUGGGUUGUGUCAGCUCCCCUAUCUGCAGUCUACCGUGCUCCAUGCAUCAAGAUUGUUGGAAAUGCAUUCCUGCUGGCGGUAAUUGAUCCAUUUCUGAGGUUAAACAGGAUGGUGUUACAAGGAAUGGUGGAAUGGGAGGAGUGGGAGUGGGAGGAGCAAGUGCAAGCCAUGCCGUGUUUGGUGGAGCUUUCCCUCAAUAAUUGCAAAUUGACCUGUGUUCCUCCCGGCCUUGCCUCCAAUGCGAGAGCUUUGAAAAAAUUAGUCAUAGACCACGUGCAGAA